AUGGGGGACGCCCGAUCCGCUAUGAACCUCUCUACUGUCAACACCACCGACCUCAAUGAGGCCGAGGAACCGUCCUCCGAUGAUGACACCGCUGCCUGCCUGAGCGACGACGAAAUUUGUAUGGCCCUUGGCCUUGGAGAGGCCAGCAAUUGGGCUAGGCGACAAGUGGGUGUUGCUUCUCGCACCAUUUACGAGACGACCAAACAAUGGCCAUGGGAGUGGGUUGGCCUCCACCCACCAAAGUUCUGGAAGCUUAAUAUGGUGCGAUGCCUAGCUCGAGUGCUUCAACAUGUUGCCAGGAACACAUCGGGGUCAAAUGGUCCCAGGAACAAGCCUACCUUCGGGGAUGUGAGGGUCUAUAUCCGGGAGUGUGCUCAUACACGAGGGAAGCUUGCCCCGUUCAAGUCGAGUGAUGUUGGCAAUGCACUGCAGUAUUUUGCGAGGAGACAAAGGGAAUCCGAAGCAGCAGCAGAGGAGAAGAAGCCUGGGUCUUGUGGGAGAAGCCAAGCUGAUGUGGAGGAAGAGCAGGACGAAGAACACGUGGACAACUCCAUUGCCAAAGGGGAACAACGCAACCGCGCUCGAGAUACCGAUAAUCAGUGCGACAAAGACAACAGUGGCCAGGCCCACAAGAACUCCAAAGCCAGUGCGCCGCCUCUCUCAAUGUCCAACAACCCAGGCGUCGUCGCCGUUCCAGAAAAGAUGGUCGAAUUCAAAUCUCUCAAUGCCGUCCACGGUGCUGUGGCUCCAUCCACCUCGUCAAAGAAGCGUGCUCAUCCAGAAGAUACAUCUUCGAACCCAGCUAGUGCCGCACCUGACAGACCUGCUCAAAAGCGUUGCUUGGGUAGGAACGAGUCAAUCGAUGAAUCCGAACCUGUUGUUCCCCCUCCUAAAGACACAGCCGCGACAAUGACUAAGGAGGAAGAACUGGCAACGCUUCACGCUGUGGUCGAAAGAAGACAAACCGAGUCUGGACAAGAAGCCACAAACAUGAUGGCGAAAGCACAUACCUUAAGGGACAAACUGAAGGGUCAAAAGGCAUCCCUGAAGGCCGGAACAAUUGCUACGUAUGACCCCCGAGUGAAACUUGAAAUCUAUCACUUGGCCCGAAUCGAAUCGAGAGAUAAACUCCACAUAUUGCAACAAACGAUCGAGCGGUACCAAGCAAACCAGAGUCUACACGCAACAAUCGAUCACGAAACGCGCGAAUUGAUUGUGACGGGCCACGAGCGAAGACUAAACGGGAUGAAACAACAACUUGAUAAGGCCGAGGCGCGUGUUGAACGGGGUCAGCGCGUUAUCGACACCGAGGUGGAGGAAGCCAAAAAACGCAUUGAGAAGAACGAGGCUGAGUUGCGUAACACGGAGGAGGAUAUGGCACGAGCUGAGAACGAGCAGAAACGAUGGCUUUGUAUCAAGAGCCUCGCUGCCAUGGAAGCGGACGACCUGGGAAAGGUGAUGGCGGGCUUUGAGAAGGAAGGGCAGGGGCUUCUUGAGCGACUCGAGAAGCGUGAUUAA